AUGUGUUCCAAACAAAGGUUUGAAAAUAUCUCCAAAUAUCAGAGUCCUGGGUUUAAUGACUUGUCAUCUCUCAACUAGUCUCUGGCUCCGCCCCCUCCUUGUUGCCAUAGCGAUGAAGAAGAGGAGGACCUGAACAAAGCCUUCGAUGUUCAGAGUUUUCAGGAGAUCCUCCGUCCUUCAGCUCGAAGUCCACCAGAGAAACACAGAGUCUGUGACGAGCAGGACUACGAAGACCACCGCCACUUCUCGCCCCACGUCCACCUUCCUCUGACCAAACCCCCCGCUGACAUCAGGAGGAGGAGGACCAAUGAGGAGGAGCGGCCAGGAUCCGCCACCAUAGAAGAAGACCAGGAGAAUGAGGAGGAGACCAGGGGACGGACCACCCCGCCCACCAGCGACCCCCUCACCACCUCGGCCAAUCACAACGGCCUCUCCUCAGGCUGCAUGGUGACCAGUGUGGCUACUGAUGAUGCUGAGGAGGCGGAGACUCUGACGUCAGUGGACCUGGACGGGAUCAAGAGUCACAGAUUGGAUGAUGUUCCAGCAGUGCGGCGCCACCUGUUGAAGCGGAGCUCCAGAGGGCCGAUCGUCCACGCCAACAAAGAACAGAGCAGCCGAGUGUCGACGCACCUGCAGCCAGACCACACCCCUCAUGAGGUUUUCGUGGAGCUGAACGAGCUGGUGAUCGACAGGAACCAGGAGCUGCAGUGGAGGGAGACGGCUCGAUGGAUCAAGUUUGAGGAGGAGGUAGAGGAGGAGACGGAGCGCUGGGGGAGACCUCAUGUUCCCUCGCUGUCCUUCCGCUCCCUGCUUGAGCUCCGAAAAACCAUCUCCCACGGGGCGGUGCUGUUGGACCUGAAGCAGAGAACUCUCCCUGGGAUCGCUCAGCAGGUGGUCGAACAGCUGGUGAUCUCUGACCAGAUCAGAGCUGAAGACCGCGCCAACGUCCUCCGAGCUCUGCUGCUACGACACAGCCAUCCCAGUGAUGAGAAAGAUCACAGUUUAUUCAACAAGAACAUCUCUGCAGCCAACAUGGCCAACUUGAUUGAGAGACACAUCAGCCAAUCAGAGCACUCCAUCAAUGUGACCAAUCACAAAGAGGCUGAGAGCGAUGAAAACAAGAAAGAAGCCCCGCCCAUCUGUCACUCCCGAUCCAAACACGAAGAGAAGCUGAUGGAGAAGAUCCCAGAGCGAGCCGAGGCCACGGUCGUCCUCGUAGGCAGCGUGGGCUUCCUGGACCAGCCCUCCAUGGCGUUCGUUCGCCUUCAGGAGGCUGUUCCCCUCGAGUCAGUCCUGGAGGUCCCUGUUCCCGUGAGGUUCCUCUUCCUUCUCCUGGGCCCGCCCACCGCCAUCGACUAUCACCAGAUUGGUCGUUCCAUCUCCACACUCAUGUCAGACAAGGAGCGACAGAGAGAAAACAGGAACAGGGUGACUGGGGAUAAACCUGGGAGCUGCAGUGCAUCCCUAGCAGAGUAUUCCCUCGUUCCCUCCAAACACGGCGACGAGCCCCUGAAACGGUCUGGUCGUCUGUUUGGCGGUCUGAUCAAAGACGUGACUCGCCGCUACCCUCAGUACCUCAGCGACCUGAAGGACGCUCUGAACCCUCAGUGCAUGGCCGCCAUCAUCUUCAUCUACUUCGCCGCUCUGUCUCCCGCCAUCACCUUUGGGGGACUGCUGGGUGAGAAAACAGACGGGCUGAUCGGCGUGUCGGAGCUGAUCGUUGCCACGUCUCUGCAGGGAAUCGUCUUCAGUGUCCUGAGCGCUCAGCCUCUGCUGAUCAUCGGGUUCUCCGGACCGCUGCUGGUCUUUGAGGAGGCCUUCUACACGUUCUGUAAAGCCAGCGAGAUCGACUACCUGACUGGUCGGCUCUGGAUCGGUCUCUGGCUGGUCCUCAUCGUGGUCCUGACUGUGGCCCUGGAGGGGAGCAUCUUGGUUCGCUUUGUUUCCCGCUUCACUCAGGAGAUCUUCUCCUUCCUCAUCUCACUCAUCUUCAUCUACGAGACCUUCGCCAAACUAGUCAAGAUCUUUCAGGAGCAUCCCCUUAAAAAUUGUUUCCAUGGAAACAACACCAUAUAUUCAUCUAAAUGCAACUUCACAACAGAAGCAAGGAAUUCUGGGAAGCACUUUGGGGUUCCAUACACGAUCUUGAUCAUGGUUCUGGUGGACUAUAGUGUAGAGGACACCUACACCCAGAAACUGAGCGUGCCCAGUGGAUUCUCAGUGUCCAGCCCAGAGAAGCGUGGCUGGCUGAUCUCUCCUCUGGGCUCAGACGGACAGUUCCCUGUCUGGAUGAUGGGUGCCAGCAUCCUUCCUGCCAUCCUGGUCUUCAUCCUGAUCUUUAUGGAGUCUCAGAUCACAGCGCUGAUCGUCAGUAAGAAGGAGAGGAUGCUGGUGAAAGGGACCGGUUUCCACGUGGACCUACUCAUCAUCGUGGUGGUGGGUGGACUCUCGGCCCUGUUCGGGUUACCGUGGUUAUCGGCCGCCACGGUUCGCUCCGUCACCCACACCAAUGCCCUCACUGUCAUGAGUAAAGCCGUCGCCCCUGGAGACAAGCCCCGCAUUGAGGAGGUGAAGGAGCAGAGGGUGACGGGCUUCGUGGUGGCGGUUUUAGUGGGUCUGUCCAUCGUCAUUGGGGACGUGCUCCGCCAGAUCCCACUGGCGGUUCUGUUCGGGAUCUUCCUCUACAUGGGUGUGAUGUCUCUGAAUGGGAUCCAGCUCACUGACAGACUGAUCCUGCUGCUGAUGCCCCCGAAGUACCAUCCAGACCAGGACUACGUCCGCAAGGUGAGGACGCUGAGGAUGCACCUGUUCACUGUCGUCCAGCUGGUCUGUCUGUCCCUCCUCUGGGUUGUCAUGGCGACAGCAGCGGCGCUGGCGUUCCCCUUCAUGCUGCUGCUGACCAUCCCUGUGAGGAUGCUGGUUCUGCCCCGGAUAUUCAGCUGGAGAGAGAUGCAGAGUCUAGAUGCUGACGAUGCAGAGCCUCACCUGGAUGAGAAGGAGGGGCAGGACGAGUACUCACAGCUGCAGAUGCCCGUGUGACCUGUCUCCAUCCCUGUAAUUGGCUGAUCCAGCUCCAUCAUUAGCAUAUCAGAUGUGUUUCCUGUAGCAUGACCUCUGAAAUCAUAUUUUUAUAAAUCUGAAUGUUUAUUUCUGACCCUGAUGAAGCUGCUGAUUAAAGUCUAUACUCUGAUUUUUC